AUGAUUGCAUUUGAUCAUUUGGGUCCGGUGGCAUGGGUCGGUACCGCUGUUGAUACCGUUGCCGCCAGGGCCCACAUUUCCCUGACGGACACAUUUACACAGGUUAUUCGUUAUGAGGUUAUUGUAGCGGAGGCAGCUGCAUUUAUUGUCUUCUUUGUUUUCAUCUACUACGACACCAUCGUCUUGUAUGCAAUCAUCCGUGGAAAGGGAAUAUGGACGUCUUCCAUUGCUGCAGCACGUGAGGCUUCUGGCUUCCUCCAACCCCAGCCUUACCAGUGGCUCAGUAUGCUGCAGUUCCCGGCGGUCAAGCUCCAUACCCUAUGCAUCUACAACGGCUAUCCCGCUCAGCCCCCGAAUCCACAGUACUACAACUAUCCUCCCGGUUUCAAGAACACUCAACCCCCUCCCGGCGGAUAUGCCCCAGCCCUAUCAGGCAACGCGCCCCUCACCCCAGCCCAAUUACGUCCCAUACCCCGCCGCCAAUCAGGGCCAGAUCCUUCCUGCCGGCGGAUAUCAUAUCAAGAACAGCCACACCGGGAUAAGUCGUCCUAUCCCAGUCUGAAGGAAGUGGAAGCCCUGAUUUGUGCUUAA